GAAGGAAGCCGGUGCGAAAACGCGUUGGAACUUGGGCACCGCGGCAGCCCGUAGCCGGCUUUCCCAACAUGGCGGUUCCCCAAGACGUCCACGUCAGGAUCUGUAACCAAGAGAUUGUUAAAUUCGAUCUGGAGGUGAAGGCGCUUAUCCAGGAUAUUGGAGAUUGUUCAGGACCAUUAAGUGCACUUACCGAACUGAAUACUAAAGUGAAAGAGAAGUUUCAACAGUUGCGGCACAGAAUACAGGAGCUUGAGCAGUCGGCUAAAGAGCAAGACAAAGAAUCGGAGAAGCAAGUUCUGCUCCAGGAAGUGGAGAAUCACAAAAAGCAGAUGCUCAGCAAUCAGACCUCAUGGAGGAAGGCAAAUCUCACUUGCAAAAUUGCUAUCGACAACCUAGAGAAAGCAGAACUUCUCCAGGGAGGAGACCUCUUCAGGCAAAGGAAAACCGCCAAAGAGAGCCUGGCCCAGACGUCCAGUGCCAUCACAGAGAGCCUCAUGGGGAUCAGCAGGAUGAUGUCCCAGCAGGUCCAGCAGAGCGAGGAAGCCAUGCAGACGCUGGUUAAUUCUUCACGGACUAUCCUGGAUGCAAAUGAAGAAUUCAAGUCCAUGUCGGGGACCAUCCAGUUGGGACGGAAGCUCAUCACAAAAUAUAAUCGCCGAGAGCUGACUGACAAGCUUCUCAUUUUCCUUGCGCUCGCCCUCUUUCUUGCUACGGUUCUCUAUAUUGUGAAAAAGCGGCUCUUUCCAUUUUUGUAAGACCUGAGAGCUGCCAGCUUUUGCCCUUUGAGUUCCAAUGUCAGGAUCCAGCCACGCUCCUGAGCUCUGGCCCCGGCCGCCAGACUGAUCCACGCCCCCCAGUCUGCUCCAGUCGCUCAGCAGGUGGGAUGGAGACACAGCCCCGCCUUCUGGAGCUUCUGCAGGUGGCUGGCGUGUAAGGGGCGAAUAGAGCAAGGGGAGGGAGGCCUGUCAUCGGGACACCUGCAGAGACACAGGGACUCCAAGAGCUGUCGCACACUGUGGUGGCUGCCACUUGGGGCACUCAGGCCGGCCUCCAGGAUUUGAUGUCCCUCUUGGGUACCCCUCCCCCGCUGCAGCCUUAAUGCCAGAUCUGGAGGAGGGAAGAGAAAAGGGAGAAAGAGGAGGAUGGAAACUCACGUCCAUUCCUUGAAUAAAGUUGACUAAAUUA